CCUACCUUCACCCGAGGAGGUGGGCUUGUGGCCGUGGGUUCCGCCGCCUCGGGAGCCUCCGGAGCCCUCGGUCCGGCCGCGGCGGAGGCGGCGGGGGCGGCGACCAGCCUCCCGCGCUGCCGCGAUGCUGCGCUCCCGGGCCGAGGCGGCGAUGACCGCGGCUGACAGGGCCAUCCAGCGCUUCGUGCGGGCUGGGGCGGCCGUCAGGUAUAAAGUCAUGAAGAACUGGGGAGUCAUAGGCGGAAUUGCUGCUGCCCUUGCAGCAGGGAUCUAUGUUAUUUGGGGUCCCAUUACAGAAAGGAAGAAACGGAGAAAAGGGCUUGUGCCAGGCCUCGUCAACUUAGGGAACACCUGCUUCAUGAACUCCUUGCUGCAGGGCUUGUCUGCCUGUCCUGCCUUCAUCAGGUGGCUGGAGGAGUUCACCACGCAGUACACCAGGGGCCAGAAGGAGCCCCCGCCGCACCAGCACUUGUCCUUGACACUGCUGCACCUCCUGAAAGCUUUGUCCUGCCAAGAAGUUACUGAUGAUGAAGUCUUAGAUGCAAGCUGCCUGCUGGAUGUCUUAAGAAUGUACCGAUGGCAGAUCUCUUCAUUUGAAGAACAGGACGCUCAUGAAUUAUUCCACGUCAUUACCUCAUCCCUGGAAGAUGAGCGAGACCGUCAGCCCCGGGUCACACAUUUGUUUGAUGUACAUUCCCUGGAGCAGCAGUCAGAAAUAACUCCCAAACAAAUAACCUGCCGCACAAGAGGGUCUCCUCAUCCCACAUCCAAUCACUGGAAGUCUCAGCACCCUUUUCAUGGAAGACUUACUAGUAAUAUGGUCUGCAAACACUGUGAACACCAGAGUCCUGUUCGAUUUGACACCUUUGAUAGCCUUUCUCUAAGUAUUCCUGCUGCCACUUGGGGUCAUCCGUUGACCCUGGACCACUGCCUUCACCACUUCAUCUCAUCGGAGUCUGUGCGGGAUGUUGUAUGCGACAACUGUACAAAGAUUGAAGCAAAAGGAGCAUUGAACAGGGAAAAGGUGGAACACCAGAGGACCACUUUUGUUAAACAGUUAAAACUAGGGAAGCUCCCCCAGUGUCUGUGCAUCCACCUCCAGCGGCUGAGCUGGUCCAGCCACGGCACGCCUCUGAAGCGGCACGAGCACGUGCAGUUCAACGAGUUCCUGAUGAUGGAUAUCUAUAAGUACCGUCUCCUGGGACACAAAGCCAGUCGGCCCAACACUAAGCUAAGUGAAAAUCCAGGGGCUGUGCUGGAGCUGCAGGAUGGGCCGUCAACCCCCAAACCAGUUGUGAAUCAGCCAGGGGCUGCCAAGACGCAGAUUUUCAUGAAUGGCUCCUGUUCCCCACCUUUAUUGCCGACCCUGACCCCCACGAUGCCUUUCCCUCUCCCAGCUGUUCCUGACUACAGCUCCUCCACAUACCUCUUUCGGCUGAUGGCUGUUGUCGUCCACCAUGGAGACAUGCACUCUGGACACUUUGUCACUUACCGACGGUCCCCACCUUCAACCAAGAACCCUCUCUCCACCAGCAACCAGUGGUUGUGGAUUUCUGAUGACACUGUCCGAAAAGCCAGCUUGCAGGAGGUCCUGUCCUCCAGCGCGUACCUGCUGUUCUACGAGCGCGUGCUCUCCAGGGUACAGCACCAGGGUCAGGAGUACAAGUGUGAAGAGUGACUGACCAGCCCCACCCCUGGAUCUGACAGAGCUGUCCACACUGUCCAGAACAAAAGCCCAGUCCUGGCGUCAUGGUGUGUGUGUGCACGCGCACGUGUGCAAGCAGUCCCGCUAGAGCCCUGUGCCCUCCCAGUGUGUUCUAAGCAGGCUUCACACAGGAGCCAGCCCCAAACAGCUCACCAGUACACACUAGAAGGUGUCGUCAUGUUAUGAAAGCAUUCAUUGUGUCUAGAGGGUCUUUUUACUCACCCAGUACAGGUAAUUAAAAGAAAUCAGAUUCUGGAAGCCACCUUUUCUAUAUGGUAACAUGUUAGGUGUUCUCAGAGGGGAGUUACCUUUGUUGAAUCCUCUGACCUUUCAGCAUAGAUCUUAUUUUUAAUAAGCAGGUCCAUAAAAAUUAUUGACAAGAAUUAGAAAAAUCAUUAAAGGCAACAAUUUAAGAAGAUAAAGUGCCUUUCACUUUCAAUUGCUUUUGUAGCACAUCCCUUCUAAAAAAUAGACAUUGUCUAAGAGUAAUAUAAACAUUUUUGCAAAGCUGUAUUCCUUCCAGGUUACUCAGAGGAUAUCUAAAGAACAGUUAAAAGAUGCCUGAAGAACACCUCCCUCCAAUUUUUCUAUGCCUUUUCUAAUCUUUCAAUUUUUAUGUAGUAAAGUCUCAUCUGCCAAAUCUGCCCUCAUCCAGGGAAAUUCUUUCACUACUUUGUCAGUAACGAAGUAAAAUGCUUAUGUGCUGCUUUUAUCUUUUGUAUACUAGAUGGAGAGAUGUGAUUAUAUUGUAAAACUGGCUAGCCAGACUUGAGCAGUACCUCAGCAUCUGUGCCAUACCUGGGUUUCCUCUGCUCUGUAAGGGAUCUCAUUACACAAGGAUGGUUAUUUUCCUGUUUUAUUUAUUGCCUGUGCAGACCACUGAAGAUCUGCAGGUAGGCAUUUGGGGCUUUUGUAAAAUGACAAUCCCUGCCUUGAUUUGAGAGCUGGUUUAGAAAGGACUGGUGCCGACCCGGGGCUGCAGUCUGUGUCUCUUUCCUUAUGGUAAAGUGAAAGGUUAAAUUUGAUGGCUAGCCCUUUUUCCACAGAGGAGGAAGGCUGUGUGUGUAUCUCAUUUUUCAAACUUACAUAACUACAGCUGACAUCUAGUGUUGUCAUUGUGUUGUAGGUCCAUACUCUAUAUUCUUUGUUUCUGUAGCCUAAUACCAGGACAGCAUACCGAGCUCUUUCUUCCCUUUUCAGAUAAGUCUCUUGAAUGCAGCCCAGGGCUGAAGAAGGCAUUUUGGUGAUGCAGCAUUUGUGUUUUAGCUAUGUUUGUAAUUUAAAGGUUUUAUAAAGGGUAUCAAAUUCAAACUGACUUUUCAGAGAUAAGGUUUGGAAUCAGACCUACCCAAAAGGUCACCUGAGGUCAGGCUGAGAACUUUUUCUUUGCUAGGAGUAAGCUGGCAGAAUCUUCCAGAUGUGCCUUGGCAUCAGCUGAAAGUGCAAGCAGCCCAGGUGAUCAGCAUGUGGCCAGGCCCAGUGUGCAUUCUGAGGACACAGUGUCUCUCCCUGCCAGCAGAAUAUACUGUGAAGGUUCUUCAGCCGGUGGACAGCAGUAUAAAAGGAGCAGCUCGACUCUCCUGAUUCUCCACUGUUGGCCCUGUAGACCUUGGCUUUGACUGCUUGAGGCUGGGGGAAGCAAAUUCUGUGACCUGAAACAACAUUGCAAAGUGCAGCUUGAAGUACCAG